CAAGAACAUAGGCACGAAGAGGUUAGACGGCACACAUACUCCGGACAUGAUGAGGGUGAACGGAAGGUGCAGGCUCCACCGAUGGAGAUCUGGUCAUUCUGGGGUAUUGAUCAGUGGAUCAGCGGACGAGAUGGCGUAGAGGCGAAGGUAUAAGUAUCCCCAUUGCUCUAACCAACGCUGGUCGCGAUUCUGGACUCUGUAAGCCUCCCCUCAUCGGAACCUGUUAUAUCUUCGAGUUUUUUUUUUGAAGCUUCUUCAUAAUGUCUUUCGAUACGGAAGUUCUCAUCAUAGGUGCGGGCAUGAGCGGCCUGGGCCUCGCUGUCCAAAUCAUUCGCAAGUACGGGCUUCGUAACUUCGAGCUCAUUGAAAAGAGUGAAGAUGUCGGUGGCACUUGGCUGGCAAACACAUAUCCAGGCUGUGGAUGCGAUGUUGCCUCGCACUUCUACUCCUACAGCUUCGCGUUAAAUCCAGACUGGUCUCGAAGAUACUCCAUGCGUCCGGAAAUCCAGGCCUACUUUCGCUCCGUGGCCGAGCAGUACAAGAUCGUGGAUCACGUCCGCUUCCAUUCCAUAGUGGAGAAAGCAGCGUGGAACGAUCUCGACAACGUUUGGGAGGCUACCAUCUUGAACCUUCAGACUAAAGAACGGACAACGCGUCGAGCGAAGAUACUUGUCUCGGGUGUGGGCUCACUCUCAGUGCCAAAGAAGUGCGAUCUUCCCGGAGUAGAUACGUACCAGGGCAAAUUGUUUCACUCUGCACAAUGGGACCAUAGUUUCGACUGGGAGGACAAAGACGUCGUCGUACUUGGAAACGGCUGUUCAGCAACUCAAUUCGUCCCUAUCAUGGCGAACGAGCCCAACCCCGUGCGCAAACUCACACAGUUUGGACGACAAGCGCAAUACCUUGCAGAACGCCAGAACCCCUACUAUUCAGAUACUUUCAAAGCCGUAAUGCGCUACGUACCACUAGCAAUGCGCCUCUACCGUGCAAAAUUCUAUUACGACAUGGAGCGCGACUGGAGUGGGUUUGACAUUGAGACCGGGCGCAGUAUUCGCCAAAACCUGGCCAAGGAGAAUGAAGCAUACGUAAAGAGCAUGGCGCCACCCAAGUAUUGGAGCGCGCUCAUCCCAAAGACCGAAAUUGGGUGCAAGCGGAAAGUAUUGGACACGGACUAUCUGAAGACCCUAUGGAGAGAUAAUAUUGAGCUGGUUGCCAACGAUCCGGUGGAAAGAAUCACCGAUGACGGCGUGGUCACAAAGAGCGGUCGCGAGGUGAAAGCGGAUGCGAUCGUGCUUGCGACCGGCUUCGCAACACAGCAGAUGCUUUGUCCGAUGGAGAUCGCAGGGCGUGACGGACUGCGCUUGAACGAAUACUGGGACAAGACCUCACAAGGCGUCGCACAAGCUUACUUCGGUACGGUGGUCCCACAAUUCCCGAACUUCUUCAUCCUCAUGGGGCCCAAUACCGUCACCGGCCAUCUCAGCGUCAUCUACACUGUCGAAUGCCAGAUCAAUUUCACCCUGCGUCUACUUGAGCCCAUCUUCAAGUCGCUGCCGUCCUAUCGAUCUCGAUCGUUCAUUCCUCAAAUGCUUUCACCCCCACCAGCGACCGUGGAGGUCAAGCCGGAAGCUGCGGUCGCAGACUCGCAAUGGACACAACAAGCAGCAAGCAAGCUGGUGUGGAAUUCUGGGUGCGUCAAUUGGGCUGUAGAUCCCAAGACAGGUCUGAACAAUAUGAUGUAUCCUGACUGGCAAUUCCUCUAUUGGCUCAGGAGUAUCUUUUGGAAAAAGAAUGACUUUGUCUAUCGGAACGAAAAGACGGGCGAAGAGUUUCGACCGGGUACCACCAAGACUAUACUCUGGCUGGCUACUGCAGGAGUACUUGCUGGCAGCGCCUUCUUCGGACGGGAUUGGAUCCAAGAUGAACUGCCUCGCCGGCUAAGGAAUCUCGAUGCGAGAACAUUGGUGCAAAACUUGAAAGCCUGAAGAAUGACCAGACGAGGGGGUGAGUCAGCGCAUGCCUGGAUGGGAUGUCAGUAUCAUCAUCUAGGUCACCCACACCUUCAGGCAACAACAUCGUCCGACCGAGGCAAGUAGGAUGCUCAUGAGACGGAAUAGAUGAUUUUGCUUAUACCGAUGGUACUAAAUCGUGCGACUCGUCCUUCGCUACGGAGCGUUCCGCCGCCAUCAAUGACGUCGCGACACAAAAUAGUCAUCUCUCCAGCAACAAGCAACACUGCUCGCGAUCCCGUGAUCGCAGCCUUCAAGGCCUCCUCCAAGUCGCCUCAAUAAGUUUCA